AUGGCUGAAACAAACCAAACUGCAAUUCCAGUUGUUGAACCUGAAGGUUUUGCUGAAACUGUGAAUGAAAAUACUGUGGAUAAUCCAAUUGUCAUCCCAUCUAAAGAUGUUAUUGUUACACCAACAAACCAAAAAAAAAUGCCAGUUGUUAAACCAUCAGAUACUGUUGAAACUGUGAAUGAAAAUGCAGUUGACAAUUCGGUGAUUCUUCAUACUGGUCAAUUGAUUAUGGUGAUUAUGUUGGAAGGAGAUGAUGACAACAGAAUUGUACUUACUGGUACGGAGUGGAAGAAAUUGUUAGAAGACCAUCAUGACAAAUUACCAGAAUGUGAAUUCACAGUUCUUAAAUAUGAUGGGAAUAUGCGUUUUACAAUGCACUUUUUCAAAGCUAAUGGAGUGGAGAUUGAGGGUCCUACAACAAUCAUAGAAGAAGACCAUUUUAAGAUAGAGAUUGGUGAUAACUAUUGCAGAAAAAGAGCAAUUAGACGUCACAAGAAAAUUGUCUUCAAAAGGACAGCAAUUAUACAUACUACUGCAGGACCCUACACAAUGAAGUUCCAAAAAUCAAAUGAUCAAAAGUACAUUGGAAAGAGGGUUUGUCAAUUGAAAAUUUUGGAGGAGUGGAUGCAAUUGCUCAAUGAGAAUUCUAUUGCAAGUGGAAGUCAAUGUGAAUUCCAUUUGGACAGGAAUAGUGUCCAACCAAGGAAAAAUGAUGUUGAUUUCCAAUUUACUUUAUGCAAUGAGUAA